CCAACGGCAAAACCCACGGCCACUUCGGACUUCAUCACACCUCAACCUUGACUUCAAACCUUCAAUUCUCCUUACCAUCCAUCCUUCGGGUCAAUAUCCUCCUUCCCGCUGCUCAUUAUCACCAUGUUCAGCCCGUCCCUCACCCGCAUCGUCCUGCGGUCGACGGGCUGCUCAUCCUGCACCCAAGCAGCGCCCGUCACUGCCGUAUCUCGCUCAUCCGGCCAGCGAGGCGCUCGAACCUUGAGCCGUCCGUUCCACCGCGCUCAUCAGCGUCGACAUUCAUCGUCGAACGCCUCAUCAUGCCCGCCGUCGCAGCCAUCCUCGCCGAAUAGCGGUCGCGUGGGCCGGAAGCGGUCCAAGUCGGCGUCGCAGCCGUCCGUGGAUGAUGCAUUUUCCCACCUGCCCAGCGUGCCUAACACGCAGCAUUUGCAGCAAUCUGAUAUCGCCAUCGCAUCCUUCUUCAGCCUCCACGCCCCCAUCUCCAUCCGCAGCGACCCACCCACUACCAUCCCCUCCCAGCGCGACAUCGACGCCUUCCUCGAUCAGCUCUCCCCCUCCGCACUCCAAAAGCGUAAAGCCGACAGCAUCAUGAGCACCCUCUCCAACGUCGUCCGCACCCUCGAUUCCAAACCCCAGACCGGCACCCCCGUCAACCCCUUCGAACCCCCAAGCAACCACCUCCGCUGGCAAUCCGCCGGCACGCCCGACACCUCCUCCAUCGACGCCGCGAACCAACACAUCGCGUCGUUGCUCCCCUUCCAGAAACCGCGCGCCCCCGCCCCCAUCACCGUGACCGGCACCGAGACGUUCCUAGACCUUCAAGCUCGACCGAAGGGGACGCGUGCACGGAAGAACGCGGCGACUGUUCAGCGGGGGCGGACGGCAGUGGUGGAGGAGAAGCAGUGGGAGACGCGGGUGGUGAUAAAGACACGGACGCUGGCGGAUGGGACGAAGGAAAUUACAGGGACGGCGAGCCCGAUGGUGAGAACCGAUGCGGCGGAGGGGGUGAGGUAUGAAGAGCCGAAGAAAGAGGAGGUGGCGAUUCGGCAGAGGAAGUUGAAGAUGAAGAAGCAUAAGUAUAAGAAGCUGAUGAAGCGGACAAGGAACUUGCGGAGGAAGUUGGGGAGGCUAUAGAGUGGUGGAUGGUUUUGGUUUUUGGUGUCUUCAAAUUCCAUGCAUUGGCUAGGAUACCAUGUUCUGGGCAUCUUUCUCAUAUCGCUUUUCACUGUCUCUCUGAGCUGAAAGAGCUGCAUGAUGAUGGUUGAAGUUGUUUCAUA